GGGAGGGGCAGGAACCACCGACCGCCGGAGGAGGAAAGGGGUUGUGCUCCUGGCCGAGCGAGGAGAAAGGGGCGGGGCCGGCGAGCAGCGUGUGGAGGUGCCGAGCUCUCGGGACCGGCGGGCGCGCGGGCGUCUGUGGCCCUCGCCGUCCCAGCGGCCGCCGCCGUGGCUUGGUCGCCGUCGGUCUGCGGGAGGCGGGUUAUGGCGGCGGCGGCAGUGGGAGCUGUGAAUGAAUUCUCCGGGUGGACGAGGGAAGAAGAAAGGCUCCGGCGGCUGCAGCAGCCCGGUGCCUCCCAGGCCUCCGCCCCCCUGCCUGGCCCCCGCCCGUCCCGCCCCCAGACCGGCCCCCCCUCCCGAGUCGCUGCAUAAGCGAAACCUGUACUACUUCUCCUACCCGCUGUUCGUAGGCUUCGCGCUGCUGCGUUUGGUCGCCUUCCACCUGGGGCUCCUCUUCGUGUGGCUCUGCCAGCGCUUCUCCCGCGCCCUCAUGGCUGCCAAGAGGAGCUCCCGGGCCGCGCCGGCGCCGGCCUCGGCCUCGCCCCCGGCGCCAGUGCCGGGUGGGGAGGCCGAGAGCGUCCGAGCCUUCCACAAACAGGCCUUCGAGUACAUCUCCAUUGCCCUGCGCAUCGAUGAGGACGAGAAAGCAGGACAAAAGGAGCAAGCUGUGGAAUGGUAUAAGAAAGGUAUUGAAGAACUAGAGAAAGGAAUAGCUGUCAUAGUUACAGGACAAGGUGAACAGUGUGAAAGAGCUAGACGCCUUCAAGCUAAAAUGAUGACUAAUUUGGUUAUGGCCAAGGACCGUUUACAACUUCUAGAGAAGCUGCAACCAGUUUUGCAAUUUUCCAAGUCACAAACGGAUGUCUAUAAUGACAGUACUAACUUGACAUGCCGCAACGGACAUCUCCAGUCAGAAAGUGGAGCUGUUCCAAAAAGAAAAGAUCCCUUAACACACACUAGUAAUUCACUUCCUCGUUCGAAAACUGUUAUGAAGACUGGAUCCACAGGUCUGUCAGGCCACCACAGAGCACCUAGUUGUAGUGGCUUAUCCAUGGUUUCUGGAGUGAGACAGGGACCUGGUCCUGCGGCUGGAACUCAUAAGAGUACACCAAAAACAAAUAGAACAAAUAAACCUUCUACCCCUACAACUGCUGCUCGUAAAAAGAAAGACUUGAAGAACUUUAGGAAUGUGGACAGCAACCUUGCUAAUCUUAUAAUGAACGAAAUUGUGGACAAUGGAACAGCUGUUAAAUUUGAUGAUAUAGCUGGGCAAGAGUUGGCUAAACAAGCCUUGCAAGAAAUUGUUAUUCUUCCUUCUCUGAGGCCUGAGUUGUUCACAGGGCUUAGGGCUCCUGCCAGAGGAUUGUUACUGUUUGGUCCACCUGGAAAUGGGAAAACAAUGCUGGCUAAAGCAGUAGCUGCAGAAUCCAAUGCAACCUUCUUUAAUAUCAGUGCUGCAAGUUUAACUUCAAAAUAUGUGGGAGAAGGAGAGAAAUUGGUGAGAGCUCUUUUUGCUGUGGCUCGAGAACUUCAGCCUUCCAUAAUUUUUAUAGAUGAAGUUGAUAGCCUUUUGUGUGAAAGAAGAGAAGGAGAACAUGAUGCUAGUAGACGUCUAAAAACUGAAUUUCUAAUAGAAUUUGAUGGUGUACAAUCUGCUGGAGAUGACAGAGUGCUUGUAAUGGGUGCAACUAAUAGGCCACAGGAGCUGGAUGAGGCUGUUCUCAGGCGUUUCAUCAAACGGGUAUAUGUGUCUUUGCCAAAUGAGGAGACACGACUACUUUUACUUAAAAAUCUAUUAUGUAAACAAGGAAGCCCAUUGACCCAAAAAGAACUAGCACAACUUGCUAGAAUGACUGAUGGAUAUUCAGGAAGUGAUCUAACAGCUUUAGCAAAAGAUGCAGCACUGGGUCCUAUCCGAGAACUGAAACCCGAACAAGUAAAGAAUAUGUCUGCCAGUGAGAUGAGAAAUAUUCGAUUAUCUGACUUCACUGAAUCCUUGAAAAAGAUAAAACGCAGCGUGAGCCCUCAAACCUUAGAAGCAUACAUACGUUGGAACAAGGACUUUGGCGAUACCACUGUUUAAGGAAAGACCUCUGUAAGCCUGCAGAACACUUUGCUUUUGAAGAGAGAAACAUGCCAUGUUAAUUGAAUAGCUAUCAGCUACAGAAAUUGAGCCUAAGUUUACAGGACUUUUCAGAGUCUUACAAUUACUUGUGCACCCCAGCAGAUGCACCAUAAAACAAAAUUUUAAUAAAAUAUACAGUGCAAAUGGAGUAUUUUGUUGAAGGCCUGUUCAUGGUUAUCCCGAUGGGCGCUGUAAGUUAGAGCACAACAAAAGCUGAUUCUGGUCUUCUUUACCAAUAUAAUCAUGAUGUAAAUAAUAAUUUGUAUAUUGUGUUGCAGAUGAAAGUAUUCCAGAGACAGUGAAUGGUAGAAGACACAAGCGCCUUUGGUUGUUUGUCUUCUGAUGUCUUUUCUUAAAAUAGUAAUUUUUUCUAUUUUCCUUUCCUGCUGUUGUCUUUACUACAGAGGAUUAGAAUGCCAAACACUCUAUAAGUUCCUUUUUGUUCUUUUCUUUUAUAAGUCCAUUGUGCCAAAUGAAACUUCUUCCUAUGUAACAGUAAUAGGAAAAAGUAUUUUGAAGGUUUUUCUUUUUCAUAAAUCUACGCAUUAAACAUUGUGUUUCACUUUUCAUUUUUCUAUUACCUUGUUACCAAUUUAGAAAAGAAUUUGUUGAUAGCAACAAAGCAAAUCUAGUAAAAUAGAAAGAGAGAUGGUUAGAAGGUUUGAGUCAUUCUGUCAUUACAACAUGUAGAUCAGUCCUCGUGUGACCUGAAAGUAUUUUUUUCUAAUAUAUCUGUCAGAAAUCUAUUGUAGACUGUUAAUUUAUUCCUAAUGGAGUUUAUUUUCUGCUAGAAUUAUUCUAAUAUUUAAGAAGGCCAAGUUUAACUGCUGUAAAAGUGGUUCCUGUGUGAGAGAAGGGAAGAACUGAGAGCUAAGACAUUUCUAAUUUAUUGCUUAUUGCUUUCUUACUGUUUACAGGAUAAUUAUAAGCCAAUGGAUCUACCAUCUUUUAUUCUUAAUAAUUAUUAAUCCCCUCAAUGAACCUUUAAAAAAUUACUGAAUUUUUAUACAUUGCAUACAUUUUAUAGGUUUCUUGUGCUCACUUUGUUAACUAAAAAGUUAGUCUGUUAAUCUGUCUCUUGUUCCCCAAGAAUGUACAAUAAUUCUGUUUCUCGUUUGUAUAAGUAUGCCUGAGUUUUAUUAUAAAACUGUCAUUGUAGGAGGUAGAGACUCAUAUGGCUUUUUAAAUAUUGUAAUAAAGGCAAAUGGAUAUUUGCCCUUAGUUUACUGGUUAAAAGUUUGUUUACAGAAAUUUUCUUUGGUGCUUUUAUGUAAAAUGUCAUGGAUGGAAAGAAUAAUUUCAUAGUAGUAACAAAGAUUUUUUUCAUUUAGGAAAAAUAUCUUUGGUUUUGAGAGAAUACAUUAAAAUUAAAAACUUGCUCCAUCUAGAUAAGAAUUUUAUAAUGAAGACAUACAUUCUUCUUAAUUUUAAUCUUGUUCCUGUUAAAGACUUACCUACAUAUAGAAGAUGUAUGGUUUAAGGUAAUGUGCUAUUUGUAGCUAUAAUUUAAAUGUCUCCUCUAAUCAUGACCUUAGAACUCCCUGGAUAACAGAAAUG